AUGCCACAAUUAAAUCCAGACCCAUGAUUUCUAAUCCUCUCCUCCUCAUGAUUAACGUACAUUAUUAUUUUACAACCAAAAAUUUCAUCCUACUUAUCAACAAACAAUCCUACCAACAAAGACAAUAAAACUAUACAUACAGACCCAUGAACUUGGCCAUGAAUUCAACAUUCUUCGAUCAAUUCAUAA